GAGCAGCGGAGCGGGUUGGCGCGCGGGUUCAGCCUCAGUCGUUGCGCGCGGAGCGGAGGACAGCCGAGUCCGGACAGAAGCGCGCGAGCCGGACAGAAAUGGGACUCGGCGAUGACGCGCUCGGUCAGGUGAGUAGCGCGAGCGGGAUGGACGCCGCGUAGACGUGGAGAGCGUGCGCGCUCAGAUGGAGAGCUUGGAGAACCUGACCAACGAGACGGUGGUGCGCGCGGACGGAGCCGGUGUGGACGGCGAGGGCGAGGGCGGAGGGAGCGCGCGCGCCCUGCUCGGCUUCGUCCUCUUCCUCCUCAUCGUGUCCACCCUGCUGGGCAACACGCUGGUGUGCGCCGCCGUGGUCAAGUUCCGCCACCUGCGCUCCAAGGUCACCAACUUCUUCGUGGUGUCGCUGGCCGUGUCCGACCUGUUCGUGGCCGUGCUCGUGAUGCCGUGGGAGGCCAUGUCGGCCGUGGCGGGCACGUGGCUGUUCGGGCGCUUCUGCGCCGUGUGGAUCGCCUUCGACAUCAUGUGCUCCACGGCGUCCAUCCUUAACCUGUGCAUGAUCAGCGUGGACCGCUACUGGGCCAUCGCCAGCCCCUUCCGCUACGAGCGCCGCAUGACGCACCGCGUGGCCUUCGCCAUGAUCGGCGUGGCGUGGACGCUGUCCGUGCUCAUCUCCUUCAUCCCCGUGCAGCUCAACUGGCACGAGCAGGGCGGCGAGGAGCCGCAGGAGCUCGAGGAGCGCGGCAACGGGAGCGCGGUAACGCGCGCCGACUGCAAGGCCAACCUGAACCGCACCUACGCCAUCUCCUCGUCGCUCAUCAGCUUCUACAUCCCCGUGCUGAUCAUGAUCGCCACCUACACGCGCAUCUUCCGUAUCGCGCAGACGCAGAUCCGCCGCAUCUCCUCGCUGGAGCGCGCGGCCGGCCAGCACCCGGCGCCCCCGCACCAGCACCACGGCCAGAACCACCAGCAGGGCGACGAGCACGCGCUCAAGACCACCUUCAAGAAGGAGACCAAGGUGCUGAAGACGCUCUCGGUCAUCAUGGGCGUGUUCGUGUGCUGCUGGCUGCCCUUCUUCGUGCUCAACUGCGCCGUGCCGUUCUGCCGCUGCGUCAGCGACACCACCUUCGCCAUCUUCGUGUGGUUCGGCUGGGCAAACUCGUCGCUCAACCCGGUCAUCUACGCCUUCAACGCCGACUUCCGGCGCGCCUUCUCCUCGCUGCUGGGCUGCCACAGGCUCUUCUCCAGCGCCGCCGCCGUGGAGGCCGUGAACUUCAGCAACGAGUUGGUGUCCUACCACCACGACACCACGCUGCAGAAGGACGCGCCCGCCAACCUGCAGCACCAGCAGCCGCGCGAGGAACCGGCCGCGCGCCUCGACAAGGCCUCCAUCUCGUCCGGCGCCUCGCGAAGGCUCGGGCACGGGCGCGCGCACAUGCUCCUGCCCCACGAGUGCGACGGCGAGAUCUCGCUGGACACCAUCACGCCCUUCACCUCCACCGGGCUCGUGGAGUGCGAGGGACUGCCUGGACAGAUCAUCAACGACUGAUCAUCAAUAACCGAUAAUCGAUAAACAGUCUCGAGCGUUUUAGUCAAUAAGAGGCAACAGGCCACGAACCCGGAUGGUCAGCAGAGACGGGUGGAAGCUACAGUCACUCAGCUCUGUGUGCCCAAAAAACGGCUUCUGCUCAGUGCACUCACGGGUUCCCUGGUCAGGCGAACGGUUCCAUGACUUCUUCAUGGAGCCAUUUCAUGCUUAAAUGGUUCUUAGUAAGGAACCCAUGAAGAACCUGUAGAUCUAGACAGAACCGUGAACAUUCAAAGAACCCUUGCCACGAUUAAAGGUGAAAGGGGUCUUCAGAUUGAUGGAGAAUGUGCUGUAGAUGGUUCUAUAUAGAACCUUUUUUAAAUGGGCUUUAUGUAGUACCGAAAAAAGGUUCCUCUAUUGGUGUUAUAGAACCCUUUAUAUAGAAUCCUUGCAGAAGCAUCUACAGCACUUUCUCUGUCAAUGUGAAGAACGCUUUCAUGAUGCAGGGAAGCCAUAAAUCAUGGAAAAGGUUCUUUGAAUGUUCAUGGUUCUGUAGAACUGUAGGUUCUUCUUUAGGAAAGGACCCUUGAAGCUUUGAAGAACCAGCACUUUUAAGUGUGUAUAUAUAUAUAUCACUGCUGUCGGAAGAAAACCUCGUAUCUCCAACAUGGUAACUUUG